GGAGAGGAGGCAGGUGUGUAUGCCAAUUGACAGGUCCGUCCGCAAGCUCCAGCCGUUCACGACGCCAGAAGCACGAGAGGAGAAACGAAGCCCCGAAAGUUAUUUCUCCCUGAACACGAGACUGAAGCUGAUGUCUGCCCGCGAGGACACGGUACCCGGCACGGCAGAAUGGCUGCUCCCGACCUAUUGGACCCCCGGAGUGCGGUGCACAGCUCUAAGCCCCGCCUCUCCUUCUCGGCCAAUCCCAUCGUGCUGAACCCCCAGGACCUUCGACAGGAAGAGGAAGUGGAGAUGCGCGUGGGAGUGAUGCGCUGGAAAACGGUGGCCGCCAUCCUGUGCCUCGUACUGCUCUACCUAAUCAUGGGGGCAGCCGUCUUCCAGGUCCUGGAGCAGCCUCAUGAGACGAGUGAGAAGCUGAACAUCCUGUUGGCCAAACUGGACUUCCUGUCCACGCACCCCUGCGUCAACCAAUCACAGCUCGAGGACCUUGUCAGGCAAGUGGUUCAGGCUAUCCGGGCGGGUGUCAAUCCCUCCGAUAACUCCUCCAAUCAGACGAGCCUCUGGGACUUAAGCUCUGCCUUCUUCUUCGCUGGCACUGUCAUCACCACCAUCGGUUUCGGCAACACCUCUCCCCAUACUGAGGGUGGGCGGAUCUUCUGUAUCAUCUACGCACUAUUGGGCAUCCCACUAUUCGGAUUCCUAUUGGCUGGUGUCGGGGACCAAUUGGGAACCAUCUUUGGCAAGGGCAUUGCGCGCGUGGAGAAGAUAGUGAAGUGGAAGGUUAGCCAGACUAAGAUCCGGGUGUUCUCCACGGUGCUCUUCAUCCUGUUCGGCUGUCUGCUGUUCGUAUCGCUGCCGGCAGCCAUCUUCCAGCACAUCGAGGGAUGGGGAACGCUGGACGCCAUCUACUUUGUAGUCGUCACGCUUACUACCAUCGGAUUUGGAGACUUCGUCGCAGGUGGCUCUGAGUCUGAGAUUGAGUACCAGGAGUACUAUAAGCCUCUGGUGUGGUUCUGGAUCCUGGUGGGAUUGGCUUACUUCGCUGCUAUACUCAGUAUGAUUGGAGACUGGUUUAGAGUCAUCUCCAAGAAGACCAAGGAGGAGGUGGGUGAGUUCCGGGCGCAUGCGGCAGAGUGGACGGCUAACGUGUCGGCUGAGUUCAACGCCACGCGGCGCCGCCUGAGCGUGGACAUCUACCAGAGCUUCCAGAGAGCCGCCUCCAUCAAGCGCCGGGUGUCCGCCGAGCUGCCCCCCUCCCCCGGCGAACUCAGCCCCCCCUCGCUAGACACCAGCCUGAGCCCCGUCAGCCCCGGGAAGAGGACCCUGUCGGCCUCGCUGGGGGGGUACGAGGUGGGCGGGGGUGGGGGUCAUCAUUAUCAUCAUCAUCAUCACCCCGCCCCCGGGGGCCUGGCGCGUAAUGGGAGCCUCUUCCUCAACUUGAACGGCCUCAGUCCUGACUACGCGCGCUCCCCGAUGCGUCACCUGUCCCCCCGCACCCAACACCCCGACUACACCCCUCUGAGACACUCCUCCUACACCCCCGCGGCCCCCCGCACCCCAGAGUAUCGGGUGCGUGCCAGCACCCCACCGCCUACAACACCCACAAUGCAACGCUCUACCCAGAAUACGCCACCGCCAUCCACCCAGGAUUCCACACAGAACACUCCGCCGUCCACAAUGCAACACUCUCCCGAGAACACACCCCCACCCAACAGAAGUAGCCCUGAAGAGUCACCAUGCAAAGACAUCGCCAUCAUAGAAGAGCUGACAUAG